AUGCAAAAUUAAGCUGAAAAAUUGGUAUUUUCAGAUUUGAAUUCAGUCUUUACAAGUAGCAAUUGUGGAUGGAAUUUAGCUACAGUAACACAAUGUGGAGCAACUGAUUUAACAGAGUUUUCAAAUUAAAGUGUAAUGGGAUUUUUCGGUUUAGGCGCAACUACUUCUACAAAAAUAUACACAGGUAUUCCACCUCAUUGGAGUCUUUCUGUCAGAUUUGAUCUAAUACUUUACGAAACUUUAGAUCUCAAUGAUUCAAUCUAAGUAUAAAUUAACUAAAAUUGUGAUACUUAUACUAGAGAUGUUUGUUGUAGUAAUGGGUAUAAAACUUGUCUUCCUUCAAAUUUAUUUGAUGAUAAGUUAGUGCUUUACUAUAGAAACAUAACACAUACAGAUUCCAAUUUAAAUAUUACUAUAUACUCAAAAACAGAUACAGAUAUUUCAGAUGAAGGUUAUGGAUUUAGAAAUUUUUAUAUCUAUGUUGAUACUUGUCAUGAUUCCUGCUUAACUUGCAAUGGACCUACUGCAACUCAGUGUUUAACUUGCCCACCCAAUUCUACUUAAAAUGGAAAUACCUGUACAUGUAUUUCCGGAUAUUAUGCUCAGAAUAAUUCUUGCAUAUAAACUUGUUAACCAGGUUUUAUUUAAGAUUCUACUGGAAAACUUUGUGUUUAAGAUUUUUGCUACGCUAUUCAAUGCCAAUCUUGCUAAAAUGGUUUAUGCACUUAAUGUAAGCCUGGAUUUUCUUUGUUAAAUGGGUAGUGUCUUGCUAAUUGCCCUUCAUUCUCUACAUAAAAUGGACAAUAGUGUGUUGACUUUAUAUCAUAAACAAAUAAUGGAAAUUAUUUAUUGAAGAGUAUGUUUAAUACAUAUUUUGGUGAGAGUGAAAUUGUAGGAUCUGGUUUGAGCACUUUUGGAUUUUAAGGAUUUAUUAACACCUCCAGCAGAGCUCUAACAACUGUAUGUAAUGGGUACAGUUUACUAGGUGGUGCUUAUCUAAGUUCUCAAAAUUCUUACAUUUAAAGAAAAUUUACAGGAUUGCAACCUCAUUGGAAAGUGAUUAUUGGAUACACUUUGUAUAAAAUAGAUUCAUGGAAUAAUGAAAAUGUGCAAUUAAUUGUAGAUGAAAAUGUAAUAUUUACUACAUAAAGAAACAUAAACGAUGGAGUAGGAAAUAUUUGUGGAAGAGUAUCUAUCAAAGAUGAAAUUAUCAAAAUUUAAUAAUCAUUUCCUCAUACAAGUUCAUCUCUUAGUUUAUUAAUAAAAAGUAAUUUAAAAAGUGAUCCAUUUACAGAAUCUUAUGGAAUUAGAGAGCUCUAUGUAUUAGUUGAUUAUUGCUAUUCUAAUUGUAUAACUUGUAAUGCUUAAGGCUGUAAUUAAUGCUAAGCUAACUAUUAUUUAUAUAAUUUUACAUGUUAAACCACUUGCCCAAAUGGUUAUGCCUCAGAUUAAAAUUUAAUUUGUCAACCAUGUGAUCCUUCUUGCUAAACUUGUUCAAAACCUUAGGAUAGUACAUCUUGUUUGAGUUGUAACCCUAAUACUUAUCUCAAUCCAAAUAAAACUUGUUAAAAUACAUGUCCUACUUCAUAUUGGACUAACAGCUCAAAUUGGUAAUGCUCAGCUUGCGAUUCUACAUGUUUUACUUGCUAAAUUCCAGGUGAUUCAAAUUCAUGUACAAGCUGCAGUGGAUACCUAUUUUUGUCAUCAAAUAAGUGCAUAAUAAAUUGCCCUUAUAACACAUUUCCAUUAAAUUAAAUGAAUAACAAUAUUUGUUAACCAUGUAAUCCAUCUUGCGGAUCAUGUGACGGGCCUAACGCUAACAACUGUUUAAGCUGUUAAACUCCAACAUUUUAUUAACAAAGCACUAAAACUUGUGCACCUUAAUGCUCUGCAAUUUAGUAUUAAAAUACUAGCAGCCAAGUAUGCUCUUUUUGCGAUUAUUCAUGCAGUACGUGUUCAGGUCCCAGCUACACUAACUGUCUCUCCUGCUCUGGAAAUACAUUUUUAUAUCAAAACUAAUGUAUUGCGAAUUGUCCUGUAAAAUAUUUUAAUAAUGUCUCUAACAACUAGUGCACAGCAUGUGAUUAAACGUGUUAUUAAUGCAAUGGUCCUGCUCCUAAUAAUUGUCUUUCUUGCCAAUUACCUAGAUAUUUUGAUCCAACAUCAAAUACAUGCCUAUAGACUUGCAAUUCAAACCAAUACCCUGAUUUAAACUCUAACUCAUGCAAAUAAUGUGACCUAUCUUGUUUAACAUGUAACGGAUCAUCAAAAUCUAACUGCACAAGCUGUAGAUAAGGGUUAUUUUUACAAAAUAACAUAUGUAAGCAAAAAUGUGAUGGUUCUUAUUAUGGUGAAGCUCUCACUAAUACAUGCAAUUCAUGUGAUUCAACCUGUCUAACUUGUGAUGGACCUAACAAAUAAAACUGCUUGAGCUGCUAAGCUCCAAAUUUUUAUCAAUAAGGUUCAAAAACUUGUGUUACUCAAUGUAAUUCGAAUUAAUUUAAAAAUACUGCUAAUUAAACAUGCUCUCUUUGUGACUCAUCAUGCAAUACUUGUUCAGGGCCUAGUAACAUAAACUGCCUAUCUUGCACAGGAAAUACAUAUUUAUAUUAAAAUUAAUGUAUCUUAAAUUGCCCUUCAAACUAUUAUGGAAAUAAUUAAAAUAAAUAAUGUACUCAAUGUGAUCCUACAUGCUAUUUAUGCAAUGGUGGUGCUAACAACAAUUGUCUUUCUUGUCAAAAUGGCAGAUAUUUAGAUUAAACAUUAAAAUAAUGUGUUUUAAAUUGUAAUUCUAAUUAAUUUAGUGAUGUAUACUCUGGUUAAUGCUGGCAAUGUCACUCUUCUUGCUAAACAUGUAAUGGUCCAUUAAUUUCUAACUGUAAAAGCUGUACAUCAGGACUAUUUUUAUAAGAUAACUAAUGUAAGCCAACAUGUGAUGGUUCCUAUUUUGGAGAUGUUAUAACAAAUACUUGUUAACCGUGUUUUAAUUCUUGCAAAACUUGUGAUGGACCUAACAAUAAUAAUUGUUUAAGUUGUUUAGCUCCUAGCUUAUUUUUCUAACAAAGUUCUAAGACUUGUGUAUCAACAUGUGAAAUAAAUUAAUUUAAAAAUACAAACAAUCAAUCAUGCUCUUCUUGCCAUUCAAAAUGUAGCACAUGUUCAGGUCCUAAUGACAUCAAUUGUUUAUCUUGCUAAACAAGCUUCUUUUUAUAUCAAAAUUAAUGUUUAUCUAAUUGUCCAAUAAACUAUUAUGGUAAUUCUUAAAAUAAUUAAUGUGCUCCAUGCGAUCCUACAUGCUAUACUUGCAGUGGCAGUGCUUCCAAUAAUUGUUUAUCUUGCUAAUAAAAGAGAUAUUUUGACCCAACAACUAAUUAGUGCGUUCUAGAAUGUAAUUCAAACUAUUACCCUGAUAUAAAUUCAAAUUCUUGCAAAUAAUGCAAUACUUCAUGUAAAACAUGCUUUGGACCUUCUUCUUAAAAUUGUAAAAGUUGUAUUUAAGGUACAUUUUUGCAAAAUGGUUAAUGCGUUUAAACUUGCGAUAAUUCUUAUUAUAAUAAUCCAUAAAGUAAUGUUUGCUAAAAAUGUGAUUCGGCCUGUAAAACUUGUUCUGGAUCUUCCAAACUUGAAUGUCUCUCAUGCAAUCCUAAUUUAUUUUUGUUGAAAAACUCUUGCUAUACAGAUUGUCCGAUAAAUUAUUAUACUGACUAGUAACAGGAUGAAUGCUUGGAAUGCCAUAUAAUUUGUAAACAAGGGUGUAGUGGUCCAUUUUAAGAAGAUUGCUUUACUAUUAAAUAUCAAUAUUAAAUAAUAUUAUAUAUUUUAGCUUUUAAAAGCCUUAUUUGGAUAGUUUCUACAAUACUUGGUUAUCUUUAAGAUAAAAAAUAAUCUUAAAUAUUUAUUAAAAUAGCAAAUUACCCUCAAACAGUAGAUAGUGAUAGUCCUCCUAAAAAAAAUUAAUAAAAAGAUGGUGAUUAAAAUUCUUUUGACAAAUAUAUAAAUUAGUAAAGUCCAAAUAAAAUGUAAGUAGAAUAAAGCUUUAACUGUUAAUAGUAAUAAUAACAACAACAUGAUUAAACAUAAAUUUAGUAGUUGUAGACAAACUAAAAUUUGGAUAACAAAAUUAUAAAAUCUAAUAGAAGACCUAGAAAAAUAAAACAAAAAAAUAUAUUUUAUGAGAGAACUUAAACAUUUAAGGAUUAUCCUGAAGUGAAUUUUGACUAAGCUACUCCAACACUAUUAAAAAGUUUAAGUAAGAUGGCUAGCACAAACUGUAAUCAAGCUUCUUCAUCUCCCGAAAAAGACGAACAAGAUUUAGAUAAAUAAAUUGUAACUAUUCAAUAGUCGUAAGGAAAGUAUAGAGCUGACUAAAAACUUAAAUUCACAUUUUUUGUUAGACACAAGAAUAUUAAGAAGUUUCUUAAUAUUUUUAAAAUACCAAGUAUUUUUCUUAACUACAGAACUAAUAUAUGA